AUGGAAGAUGAUCCAUUCGAUUGUAUUGACUUCAGUGAUGACUGCCUGUCAAAUGAAAUGGAAUAUGAUGGAGUGGGAAAUGACAUGCCUGAUGAAAUGGAAGAUGACAUAUCAAAUGAUUUGCUUAAUGAUAUGUCGAAUGUCAUUCCAUUGUCACCGACAAAGAGUACUAAUGUUUCCAUUGAGGUUGGAAUGGAAUUUCCUGAACGAAAGGAUGUAGUAGAAUUAUAUACAGCAUUUGGUAGGAUAAAAGGUUUUGGAAUCCGGGGACGAACAUCCAAGGAGGACUACGUAAAGCUAACAUGUAUUAGAGAGGGUCAUCCACAAAAGAAAAAAGAAGAAAAUGAGAUAAAGAAGGAUCAGACGAAAUCAAGGAGAACAUCAUCAUCACGUAUAGGAUGCCAAGCUUGUCUCAAGGCUUCUAUAAAUAAAAAAACAAAUAUGUGGAGAAUCACAUAUUUCAUAGACAACCAUAAUCAUGAGUUGCUUUCUCCAAAAAGUGUUUCGUAUUUGAGAUCACACAAAAGAAUGCCUGAUGCUGCAAAAUGUUUGCUAGAAAAAUUCAACCAGGCGGGUUUGCCUAUUGGAAAGGUAGCCACCAUAUUAAAUAGUCAUGAUUUGGGGUUUGAUAGUAGAGAUUGUUAUAAUCAUAUGAAAAAUAUAAGGACAGGGAUAUAUGAUGAUGGAGAUGCACAAGGCGUGCUACAUUAUUGUAUUAAACAACAAUCACUGAAUCCAGAUUUUUUUUAUUCCAUCAAGUGUGAUGGUGAUGAUCGUAUGAUGAGCUUCUUCUGGAUUGAUGCAAGAUCUAGACAUGCCUAUGAGCUAUUUGGGGAUGUGAUAACAUUUGACACGACAUAUAGGACUAAUAAGUAUUCUAUGCCAUUUGGACCAUUUGUCGGUGUAAAUCGCUUCUACUCGGAUGUGCUCUAUUACAUGAUGAAACCGAGGAUACUUUUGUAUGGCUAUUUGAGGAAUGGCUACGAGCAAUGA